AUGACAGUCAGCUCUUAUGUUGAAGGUUUUAACUCUAUACCAUUGAAAUAUUGUAUUUUCGCAAUUUAUUUAUCUGUGCUAAGCUACAGAGUAACAAUAUUUCUAUUGCUUUUCAGCUAUGAGAAACCUCCCCCAGGGCUAAUUAAGGAGAAUGAAACAAAACCAGAAGACUGCAUACCUGAUGUACCAGGCAAUGAAAGUGCACGAGAAUUCCUGGCACAUGCCCCUACAAAAGGGCUGUGGAUGCCUUUGGGAAAAGAAGUCAAAGUUAUGCAGUGUUGGAGGUGUAAACGUUACGGACACAGAACAGGAGACAAAGAAUGCCCAUUCUUUAUUAAAGGCAAUCAGAAAUUGGAACAAUUUAGAGUAGCACAUGAAGAUCCAAUGUACGAUUUAAUAAGGGAAAAUAAACGUCAUGAAAAAGAAAUGAGGAUACAGCAACUGAAGCAGCUCCUAGAGGACUCUACCUCAGAAGAUGAUGAUAGCAGUGAUGAGGAUGAUGAAGAUAGCAGCAGCUCCACUGCCUCAGAAUGUAGAGAUAAACACAAGAAAAAGAAGAGAAAGAAGGAAAAGAAAAAAAAAGAAAAGAAGAAGAAGAAAAAGAGAAAGCGUAGAUUAUCUAAAUCUAAUGAGAAGUCAGAAUCUGACUGACAGCAGUCACCUGCUGCCUGCUCAUUGACCUCUACUUGUGAACUGCAAGGGAAGAUCCAAAGAAUGAGAAAGAAACCACCAGAAAGGGCUUUAUUAAACUCCAAAUUAAACAUACAGAUGGAUACACACAGCAUCCUACACUGGCUGUCCUCUUCUGCCCCUCUGCAGCCAGAAGGACGAGAGCUGCACUAAACAAUACUCAAUCAUAUCUUUAUACUGUAAAGCCUGUGCUAAUGGUCAUCCGUCUUGGUCAGGUUGGGCCUCUGCAUUGCCACAUGUGACUAUCAGCAGAAAGCAGUGACUACCAAGGUAUCGCCAACAAAUCUGCACAAUUCAGCAGACUGUCUACUGAAGUGUCUUUUCUCUGUGAAGUUAUUAUAUACAAUGCCUCAUUGUAACAGGGCUGCUGUUUGCACCAUGCAGAGCACUGACAGCUCCCUUACAGUGCUUAUAAUAAGCAGGUUGUACUGUAUAUUUUUUUUUUUCUCUGCAUACCGCCUCUGUGCUGAAGUUCAUUGUACUUACCCUAGUACUGGCAGAUAGAGAAAUAAAGAACACUGCUGAAGGGGGGAAAUGAAGUUAAUCAAAGGCAUUUACUUUAAGACAAAACUGCAGUGUCAGCAAGACUUGGGGUUUUUGCACGUAGCGAAAUCUCAUCAUCGUCACCAUUAACGCACACAGCUCUGCAAUACCUAAAGUGUUCUCCAAACCACGGGAGUGGGAGCCAAGUGUAAUGAUGUUAGAUGCUCGACUUUAUAAUAAAGAGGUAGUGGGUUUAGUUAUUUAAAAAGGAGUUUUCAUGUUAGAAAUGAAAAAGAUUAAUUUCUACAUACACUUCAGUAUCAGUUCUUUUGAUACAUUUGAGGUUUUUUCCUUUUAAAAAGGCUUGGGGAAGUAAACUCCAACUUAUUUUUUACAUUUACUUGAAUUUUUUUGUGUAGUAAUGUUUUACAAAUUAUCCCGCAAGAAUAUAAAUGAGUAAGGCUUUGAAAAUGCAUGUAAGCCACAGAACAGUAGUAACAAACUUGUAAGCAGGAGGAAGGGAAAGUUUUGUGUACUUAAUUGUCCUGUGGACUGACCACACUUUGCUCGUAAGUAAUCUUGCAAGGCAGACUUGCCUAGAAAGAUUGAGAUAGCUAUAAACUGUAGAGGAGUCACUCUUCUUUGAGACAUCAAAGCACAGUGGUACAAAGCUGUGAUUUGAGGACCUAGAUGAUGUAUAUUGGUACUCUGCAAAAGGAGACAGAAAAAUAGAUUUGCUUUGAAAGGACGAGGAGGGACUUAUAUGGAACUUAAUCUCUGUGCUUAGAUUGGAGAAAAAAAAAGCAUGAUAAAGCUCUAACAUCAGUAGAGUGAGCUUUAGCAGUGAAAUCAAGGAACCAUAGGCUAAAAUGCAUUUAAGAUUUUUUUUUUUUCCUCCUGAGACCUUUGGAAAAGAGGACAGGGAAAGUAUACAUUAAAAUGUGUUUUCUCCCUCCUACAUGUCUAAGAAUCAUUUAAUAAAAAUAAACCCCCAUUCCUUGCCAGUCAUUCAUGAUGUGUUCUGGGGAAAAACAAGGUAGUCAAGGCCUAGUUACAACAAGAUUUUAUCUUAUUCCCAGAGCUUGGAUGUGGAGUUGUGUUUUAUCCUCCAGUAUUACUUAGCAGAUUUCCCUGUGAUGGGAUGUACUGGUGACUCUUGAUAGUUCCCUGUAUCAGCAUCAUUGUUAUCAACUAAUUCAAAGCUCCUGGCUCUUUCACCAGAAAGAGAUUUAACAGCUGAAAUAGCAUGAGGAGAUUUGUAAUGGCCUGGUUCUCUGUAUUGCCAUGUUUGGUGCUGAGAAAAUCCUUGUGUUUAUAGCAUUGGCAAUUGUUGCACAGAUGCUGGAAGCCACAGCUAGUAUUCACCUGAUGCAUUCCAGGAGAAUUCUCUAGAAUUGCCUAGAGCAGAGCUAACCUAAAGAUCUCUUCAGUUACUUUAGCUUCUGUUGUUGAAGAUUCUUCUGAAGUUUAGUUCAAUAAAAACAAACUCAGUUUUUCCUUAGUCUGUCAUCCUAGUCCUUGUAAGUGGUCCUUCUCAUUUUACCUGCCAGGGUUUACUAUUUGAACAAUCAAGCAAAUACAUCAAAUGCAAUUUAAGGGUUUUUUUUUUUUUUGAGAUAUCAAAUCACUAGCCCGGUACAGACUAAAGGUCUGUUAACCCAGUAUCUUUUUCUACUCAUGGUCAAUAGUGGAUUACUACACAACAGAGCAGCACAAACUCUCAUGGUCUUAUUUCUCUUAUUUCACCAAAAUGCUGUCUCAGCCUCUGCUGCUUGAAGUGCAGGUACUUUAAUCAUAAGUUAUAUUUUAAUAUUUAGUAGCCUUGGAUGUAAUUUUUUUCCUUUUACAUCCAGUCACUUCUUGUAAGCUUUGCAAUUGGCUUCAGCAAGGAACUAUAGAGAUUAAUUAAGAAUUAGUGAAGAACCAUCAUUUGCUUUCAAACUGCUCCCUAAUAGUUUCAUUUCAUACACCCUAGUUCUUGUAAUGGAAGGCAUGUGAACAACUGAUUCCUGUUAAUUUUCCCCAUACCAUUACCAGUUUUAUAGAUCUCUAUCAUAUCCCAUACAUAGAUUUACAAGUUUCAGUAGAGAACUACUGAGAAGUAGAGCCAAUUUGAAAAUUAACAGCUUCAAUAAAUAAGAUUUUGAGCAGUGCUGACUGGCAGCCAGUACUACAGUGCAAGAUUCAUUUCAUCAUUUAUCAUUUUAAACAGUGCCAAAGCUAGCAUAUAAGAGACUCUAGGUCUUUUAAAAAUACAUAGGCUGGAGAUAAAUACCAACACCUAUUUAUAUUAAUGGAAAAUGAUUCUAUGUAGAAGUAAAUUCAGAAAGCAGAAUGGAAAGCUAUAGUCUCAAAAAACUGAUGAGCCUUAUUUUUUACAUCUUAACUAUUGCACUAUUUAUGUUUUUGUUCAAAGAACCAUUAUUUUUUUUCUUAGCAAUCCUUGCCUUUUUGUAGGCAUAUAUAUUUCCAUUUGAAGGUUCUGUUGAAGCCUGAGUGGUAGUAAUAGCAUAAUUGUAUAGUCCCAAUAAGCAUGAAAUGCAGCUACAAAAUACCUCACAGGCAAUACAGCUUUACAGAUCUUCAGGUCCCAGCUCUGUUUAUCUUAAUACUCUGAACCAUUCUUCUCAGAAAGAUUAAUUCAGAAAAAAAAAAUACUGACACCUGUCUUAUUUCUUUAGCCAUGAAACAACUGAGGGUUUAUAGUCCUGUUUACAGUCAGUGGCAGAGAGUCAGCUGGGGGAAUAUGAGGACUUUUUUUUUUUAAACAGUGCAUUUGGUUUUCCUUGGUAUGCCUACAGUUAGCAUGCAAUGAGUGUUUUUUGCCAUUGCUCAUCUUCCAUUGUUUUAUUUUAAUGGAAAGACCAGUAAUUAAUCUUUUCCAACAUAAGGCAGUAACCAGGACAUUGUAAAAGGGAAAGCUUUAUGCCACGCAGAUGCUACCAAAUUGAAAAUUAAAAUAUAGAAUUAAAACCUGGAAAGCCAAUAUAACCCACUAGCUCCACUUCAGUGAUUACACCACACCCAUUUUGCAACAGAGGUUUUAGUUAGCUACAGAUAAUGAUUUAGAAAUUCUGAGUCACAGACAGUAAGUCUGUCCAAACAAAGCUCCCAGUAUGGCAGUCUCAGAGGCCUCUAAGGUUUGUUCCUGGUGUGCCAAGCAGCAAAUAGAUUCUUCAGCUGCCCUUCAGUAGGUGCUGGAGGAAGCAUGUGUAAACUUCAAAGGCAAUGCAGUCCUGCUAGUUACAAGCUCAUAACGCUGCCAGCGCUGCAGUUACUCAUCCCUGGGCAAUCUAGCUUCAGUGGUAACAAAAGCUGACACGUAUGUGCAUCUGUAGCAAACUAAAUAUCACCAUGGCUAGUUACCUGGCUGAAUAAAGGGAGCCUGGACUUUAAUUCACAGCCUUCUAAAAUUCAGUUUGUACUUGGCAACCUUUCUGAAUAUUAAAUACAGUUGUAAGCCAGUUGACUUAAGAUGCAGACCACAAAUCAUCCAUGCUGCUGAGUGAAGAAAGAGCCAAGUAGAAGAUUUAGUUUUAAGGUCAUGGAACUAGUACUGUCAGAGUAAAGUACACCACAUAUAGCAGUAUCCAAGAAUUACUUUGGGAGCACUAGAACAUUCAUGCAUACCACUUUAAGCAUUGGCAUGGGUCCAUAGCAUGUGUACACUACAAGAUUUUAAGCACCUAGCUUAAAAUAGCAUUUGUUUUCAGACAAAGAGGUGUCUAAACACUCCUACUGCUACUCCCUCACAUGUUCUUGGGAACUAGCAUCACCAGGCCCAGAUGUAAGAAACAAGUUAGGGUGGAAAGCAAGUGCUUUCUAGUGCAAGACCUGCAAAAGGAUGACUAGCAUGAUCUUGGGGGUACCUGUGAAAUACUAGCCAUUCCCAAAAAUGUCCCCCCCACACCCC